GCCGCGCGCCCAAGCGCCAGAGGGAAGAUGAUGCGGGAGGAGAAGAAGGCGGCGGCGGCGGCGGUGGUGGAAGCGGCAAAGCUUUAGCUGCGGACUCUGGACUCUCCUCUCCUCCUGCUUGCUUGCUUCCUUCCUUCCUCCCGGCUCAGCCCGACCCCUUAUGGCAGCGGCUGCUCCUUCCUCCUCUUCCUCCUCCUUCUUCAUCCUCCCUCCUCCCUUUGCUCCCCGGGCUGGGCCUCGGAGGAAACUCUUAGGAUCGCGCGCAGAGCUGCUCCUCCGCCUCGCGCCAUGCCGGGACGCCUCCUCCGCCUUCGCUGCUGCUGCUGCCGCUGCGGCUUGCUAGACUCCCCGGGAUGCUAAGGCAUUCGCUCCCUCCGCCAGCCUGGAGAGAGAGCCCGGUCCGCUUCGGGGGGCGCUUGGCCUCUGCUUGAGCCCCGCGGGAGGAGGAGGAGGAGACAUGGGCUGGCCCGACGCCUCCCCGGCCCGGCACUGCCACGGAGGAGGAGGAGGAGGGGGUGGCUGGACCUUGAGCGACUGCUUGUGCUGGUUCCUCCUGCCGGGGAUGGUCUUCUUCCUGGCCCGCCCGGCCAAGCUGGCCGCUUUCCCUACCUCCUUAAGCGACUGCCAAACGCCCACCGGGUGGAAUUGCUCUGGUUACGAUGACAGAGAAAACGAUCUCUUUCUCUGUGACACCAAUACCUGUAAAUUCGAUGGGGAGUGCUUACGAAUCGGAGACACCGUGACUUGUGUCUGUCAGUUCAAGUGCAACAGCGACUAUGUACCUGUGUGUGGUUCCAAUGGCGAUACUUAUCAAAAUGAAUGCUACUUAAGACAAGCUGCUUGCAAACAGCAAAGCGAAAUACUCGUUAUGUCAGAAGGAUCAUGUGCCACUGAUGCAGGCUCUGGAUCUGGAGAUGGAGGCAGUGAAGGUUCUGGAGAAACUGUUCAAAAAGAAACCUCCACCUGUGACAUUUGUCAGUUUGGGGCAGAGUGUGACGAAGACGCAGAGGAUGUCUGGUGCGUGUGCAACAUUGACUGUUCUCAAACGAACUUCAAUCCGCUCUGCGCUUCCGAUGGGAAAUCUUAUGAUAAUGCAUGUCAGAUCAAAGAAGCAUCAUGCCAGAAACAGGAGAAAAUUGAAGUCAUGUCUUUGGGCCGGUGUCAAGAUAACACAACCACCACUACAAAGACAGAAGAUGGGCAUUAUGCAAGAACAGAUUACGCAGAAAAUGCAAAUAAAUUGGAAGAAAGUGCCAGAGGGAUGUACAUUCCUUGUCCAGAACAUUAUCAUGGUUUAUGCGAGCAUGGAAAAUGUGAACACUCGGCUAAUAUGCUGGAACCAUCUUGCAGGUGUGAUGCAGGUUACACUGGACAACGCUGUGAAAAGAAAGACUAUAGUGUUUUAUACGUAGUUCCUGGCCCUGUACGGUUUCAGUAUGUCUUAAUAGCAGCCGUGAUUGGGACUAUCCAGAUCGCUAUCAUCUGUGUUGUGGUCCUCUGCAUUACAAGGAAAUGUCCCCGGAGCAACCGAAUCCACAGGCAGAAGCAAAACACAGGGCACUACAGUUCAGACAACACAACCAGAGCAUCGACCAGGUUAAUUUAAAAGAGCGCAUGUUUCCACAAUGGCAAAAGUAAGCUUCAGAGAGCUUGGACUUUACAAAAUACAGUAUUAUAGACAAAAGAUCUACACAUGUUGCCUUGCAUUUGUGGUAAUCUACACCAAUGAGAAGAAGAAAAACAUGUACUACAGCUAUAUUUGAUUAUGUAUGGAUAUAUUUGAAAUAGUAUACAUUGUCUUGAUGUUUUUUUUCUGUAAUGUAAAUAAACUAUUUAUAUCACACAAUAUAGUUUUUUCUUUUUCAUGUAUUUGUUAUAUAUAAUAAAUACUCAGUGAUGAGAAAAA